AGCCCGCGCCGUUGCCAGGGGAACGGGCCCGCGCCGGACUAGGCCCAGCCCGUCUCAGCCUCGCCCCGCGGUACAGCCAGCCCGCUCGAGCCGGAGCCGGAGGUCUUGCGGGCCUAACCUCCCCCGCGCGGCCCGGGAUGGGGCCCCGAUCCGGGGCGCACCGCCUCCGGGUCUCGGGGACCGUCUCCGCUGCGAGAGUCUGAAGCGCCGCCGCCCUGGGGUGGGUGGACGGCCAGGCGUGGGGGCUGAGCCGCUGAGUGACCUUGGCAAGGCCGACCUGGCUCGGUGGACGACGCGCAGAUGUUUUCAAGUCAGAAAACAUUUACUGAGCACCAACUGUGUACAAGAUGAACAUCUGCAACAAGCCCUCUAACAAGACAGCCCCUGAGAAGAAUGUGUGGACAGCACCUGCACAGGCCAGCGGACCCUCCCCGGAGCUGCAGGGCCAGCGGUCCCGCCGGAAUGGGUGGAGCUGGCCCCCUCACCCGCUCCAGAUUGUGGCCUGGCUGCUGUACCUCUUCUUUGCUGUGAUUGGCUUUGGGGUCCUUGUUCCCCUCCUGCCUCACCACUGGGUGCCUGCUGGCUAUGCUUGCAUGGGCGCCAUCUUUGCUGGUCACCUCGUGGUGCACCUGACUGCUGUUUCCAUCGACCCAGCAGAUGCCAAUGUGCGGGACAAGAGCUAUGCUGGGCCCCUGCCCAUCUUCAACCGCAGCCAACAUGCACACGUCAUUGAAGACCUGCACUGCAACUUGUGCGACGUGGAUGUCAUUCCCAGGUAUGGGCAGAGAGGGGAGCAACACUUGACUCCUUACCAUGUGCUAAGUGCUUAUGAACAACCACCCUGCAGAGUGGGCAACAUCUUUCUCACUUCACAGAGGAGGAAGAGUCCAAUGCUCAGAAAGGCUGAGUGGCCUGAGGCGCGGGUGGGUGACCCGCUCCAGGCGGGGAACCGGCAACCCCCCAGCCAGGCCGGGCAGGAAAAGGCGGGAGAAGCCCGCAACCGUGCUGUGCCCCCUCCCCACCGCAGGAGUGCUCGUUCCAAGCACUGCAGCGCCUGCAACAAAUGCGUGUGCGGCUUCGACCACCACUGCAAGUGGCUCAACAACUGCGUGGGCGAGAGGAACUACCGGCUCUUUCUACACAGUGUGGCAUCUGCCUUACUGGGCGUCCUGCUCCUCGUGCUGGUGGCCACUUAUGUCUUUGUGGAGUUCUUUGUCAACCCCAUGCAGCUGCGUACCAACCGCCACUUUGAAGUCUGCCUGUGCCUUGCAGUCUUGAAGAAUCACACAGAUGUGUGGUUCGUGUUCCUGCCUGCUGCCCCUGUGGAGACACAGGCUCCUGCCAUCCUGGCUCUGGCUGCCCUUCUCAUCCUUCUGGGCCUGCUCUCCACAGCCCUGCUCGGCCACCUGCUCUGCUUCCACAUUUAUCUCAUGUGGCACAAGCUCACCACCUAUGAAUACAUCGUGCAGCAUCGUCCGCCCCAGGAGGCAAAGGGGGCCCACAGGGAGCUUGAGUCAUGUCCCCCCAGGAUGCGGCCCAUUCAGGGGUUGGGUCUGCUACUCCCAUGGUCUCUGUGAGGAUCAGCGACUAAACAAGACAGAGAACACCCAUACGCCUGGUCCCAGGUGGGGCUGUGGCGCUGUUUUUUCCACCACCUAUUGCUUCCCUUUACCGGUAGAAGUUGGGGAGACUGCUCAUCCCCCCACUCCCCGCCAGCAGCUGAGAUUGUGUCUGGUACUCUGAGGACUCAGCUCCGAGGGAACCAUGGAUUCCUGCAGGUAGCCUCGCAGCCUCGGGUGCACACCCGGGUGUGUGAACUGCCCAGUCUCCCAACUAGGGAAAAACAUCGGUUCAGAGACUGGAGCCCUGGGAGGAGCCAGGAGCAGGAGAGGGCCUCUCUGAGUCCCUCUUCUCCCCAACCCAACUUGGCCAGAACAGCUCUAGACUGGGUACGUUGGACACAUGAGGCUGGAGGCUUCCUGGAGGAGGUGGAGUUUGACUAAAUGAAGUGAGGAAAAUGGUGGGGGUGGGGUAAGGUACAAACACAGGUGUUUUAAGCCUCGUUCUGCAUUGGGGUUUUCCCAGCAUACCUGGGAAGCCUGAAGGACAGCCCUAGACCUCUGUGCCCAGACCUCCCACAGUGACCAGUAAGGGGGUGUUGCAUCCAAGACAGAGUGGGCCCAGGACCCAGAAGGCCCUGGACCCACACCUGGCCUCCCAGCCUCCCUCACCUCCAUCUUCCCCAGGAGAUGGAGUUCUACAUGCGGACCUUCAGCCAUGUGCGCCCAGAGCCCCCUGGCCAGGCCAGGCCUGCCUCAGUGAAUG